AUGAUAGGGAAUACAGUGUUCAAAUGGAUCAUUUGCAGUGGAAAAUCAAAAGAGAUUCUUGUAUAUUACAAUGUGAAUCACAAACAAGAAAUAUUGAAUUCAAGUGAUAGAUCAACAACCAAGAAGAUGGUCUCAUUAGACUUGAAGAUAAAGGAGAGCAAAGUAAAAUCCUCGAAAUGGAAACUUGCCAUCGAGCACACAGGCAAGGGUCUCCCUACGCAUAUAUUUGAAGGGAAAAAAUCUAAAAAGAAAAGUGUGGAAAAGGAGAAAGAACUGACAACUAAACAAAAGCAGACUUCAAUACAACAAGAAGGGGGACAGAAGAAGAUUGUAGAGGCAAGGAAAAGGAAGAAAGGAAAGAAAUUCAAAAUUCAAAGUGAGACAUGCACAACAGAAACCAAGGCCAAAGCUAGAAGGAAGAAAAAGCAAGAGUCAAGAAGUAUAGCACAAUCAUGUCAAUUGAAUAGGAAUGAGCAAUCCCAGAAGUCAAGUGAUCAUUUGAAAAGAAAACAGUCAGGAAUACCCCAGAAAAGCAAUGCCGUGAAAGCAAAAAAGAAGAAAACCAAAAAAACAAACAAAAAACAAAACCCUAGCCCUUCAAAGUCAGAACAAGGCCAGAAUCCUACAAAAACAAAGCAGACAGGAAGUCCUGCAACAGCACCAGAAAACAAAAAAGGGAAAAAGCAUCCUCUGACUGAAGAGCCUCAUGCAGAGGAAAAAACCCUCUCAGAUACACAUUCAUGUAAGAAGAAGAAACAACCUCCAAAGAAGAGAAAGAUCACAGAAGAAGCAGAGACCCAGAGCAACAGUGCAAAAGAGCAACCAGCAAAAAAAAGAAAAACUGAGAAUGUAAAGAAAUUAGGAAAUUCCCCACAACUCAGUAAGCCAGUGACAGUUAAGAGAAUUAACCAAACCAAGCCUCUGAAGAAAACAACCUUAACAAAAGACUUAAAACUUAAGGGCGGAGUUUCAAAGUAUGAAAAGGCAGUUGGUGCUACCGCUUUAGCAGUAUACAGUAGAAGGGAAAAUGAAAAGCAACUGCUGAGAGAAGCGUUUGCAAAGAAUGCCAGCAAAUAAUUUAUAUUUGAAUGGGGAAAUUAAGUGCAUCUGUGUUCAUCCCCCCCCCCCCCGUUUAUAUGAAACAAUAUCUCAAAUGUAAUUGUGUAAUAUUUAAUAUGAUAUGAUCAGUCAGUGGGAUUUGGUUUAGUUUUUUUAAACUGAACUAGGGAACUGGUUUUCAUUUGCAAUUGUAUGCAAUGGAAAUUCAUCCCUGUCAGUCUAGGAUGUGUAACAAUUCGUUAUAAAAUAGAUAAAAUAGAUAUUUUAACUUUUUAAAUUUUUGUAUCAUGGUGUGUUGUUAUGUUGAUUUAUUUAAAUGCAAAUACUUUGCAAUAAAUUGGUUUCAUUGGUUUAGAAAGUUGCAAGUUGGCAAAUAUAUUGAUCUGUAUAGUGUAUAAUAACUACAAAGAUGUGUAAAAAAAAUUCAUGGGGUGUUUUUCAGUAAAUUAUUUGGUUAAUAUACAUUUCUUACUCUGGUACUAGUUCACACUUUUUGUAUAGAAAGAAUAAUGAACUUGACAAAUUUGUGUAUGCAAAUAAUGAAAAAAUUAUACUGAUCUUCUUA